UGCCAUUCCAUUUUGAAACUGACAAACCGAACAUGUGGUGGUGCAUCGUUCGCGCGUACUUCUCUUCUACGUGUUGUUUGCUGGCGUCGUGGUAUUGAGCCGUCUGCGAAGCCUUCAAAGUUUCGGAAUAUCACGCUACGGGGUCAAGUUCGCGAUGUGGUGAUCACGAACCGUUCAUCAUGUCCAACAUCGAAAAGCAGUGCCUUGUUUACUUCACUAAUGUCAUCCAAGGUGAAAAGCAAACUGAACAUUCAUCCGUCAGCAUUGCCGACCUGGGCAGCUAUUUGAUAAGUGCACAGGUGAAUCUUCGGAGGCAUAUCAAGAGUGCCUACAAUGGUGACUUGGUUGAGUUCUUCAAGCGUUUUCCAGAAAUUUUUCAGCUUGAAGGAACUACACAUGUCUACUUGACUUCCGACAUCUUGAAGAAGUAUGGCAACGAUGAGCUUGAGAAGAUGGCUGUUGAUUUCUUUAAAAACAAGUUGAGGACCAUGAAUGCAUUCCAUUUCUCAGCUGUGCCCUUGAUGGCCCUUAGGAAAUGCCUUGGAGAAGCACCACUUGGUGUUCAAGCCUUGAUGGCCAAGAACUAUCCAGCAAAGGACAUGAGGCGGCUGUUACAGGCCUACCCUGAUGUAUUUGGUGUUUCUAACUCUGGAAAUGUGUACCUUGUAGGUGAGGCACCGAGGCCUUUGGAUGAUUGCAAUUUCCAGAAUUACUGGUCAUCUGAUGCCAGCUGCAUGGAUGCUGAGAUAUCGCAGGAUGAAGCUGAUGCUGUGCAGUUCUUUCGCCGGGUUCUGAACAGUCCUGGAAUUGAGCUUGCGAGUUGCAGUGUGGACUCUCUGUUCGCUCAAGUUUGUGAGGCUCCCGACAACGUUCAGCAUUUCAUCAAAAGUAACUACACGGAGCUCAACUUUCUGGACUUCUUCAGGGCACACAAGUCGGCAUUUUCAGUGACCACAGGCAGCAGCAGUCCCCCAGACACGUUUGAUGGAGACGACCAGCAAGAGUCUGACGAGGAAGAAUUUCCACCAUUGCAACCUGCCCAAGAAAAUAACUAUUCAGAGAAACAAUCAGACGAUCCCUGGGAGCCUUCGCGUGGCAACAGCGGGGCUAUUAAUGCGGAGGUGGCUGCGAUCAAGUACUUCGAAGAUGUGAUAAAAUCCCGCUUGCAGCUGAAUGAGAGGACGCACGUUGACCAGUUGCGGCAACUCCUAGCAGACGCACCUCUAAUUGUCUUUUCCUACUUCAGCGAUGAGUACCCUUAUGGUAAAUUUGACAAGUUCUUCUUGGACCAUGCUGAAUAUUUCAGCAUUGAGAGCACGGGGAUAGUUGAACUUGCUACAACUGCCAGGGGACAGGCAUCCAAUGCAGGAAAUUGUGAACUGACCCGUCUUAGUUCUUCCAGCAGCACUUCUGAAGGAAGGGUCUCUGGCUGCGAGGACAAUGUAGGUGCAUGGCAUGCAAGAAAUGUUCAAGUGGAAAAGCAGCUUGAGAAAUUUUUUGCUGAUCUCUUCCACUUAGCCUACUGCUAUGGUGUGCGUGUUGUAAAACCAGAAACUGCCCUGGAGAUUUCUUCGUGUCUUAAUCGCAGGCUUACAGGCUACCUCUCAGAAAACUAUGGGAAGAAUGUGGUGGAAUUCUUUCAGCACUACCAGAGCCGUUUCAGGGUGAGCAAAAAUGGCAACAUUUGUCUUGCUGUUGAAAAGGACAUGAGCUCAGACACAACAGCAAAAAAGCAACCAAAUGUAUUGGCUGUUGAUUUUUAUGUUGCUUUGAUGCAACUUUUGGAGGCCCAUCAAGUCAAAGCCAUCUCCCCGGAAGUUCUUUGGAGCUUCUUGCCCCUGACUCCACCUAAAGUGCAAGGUUAUUUGUGCAAAGUCUACACAAAGGACAACUUCAAGUCAUUUUUUCUCAAGUCGCCAACCAAGUUUGCAAUGUCCAAGAACAAGAAUGUGUACCUUUCAGCUGGCGUGGGGUCCUCGAACAGGGAUUCAAGUGAUAUGGAUGAAUAUGACUUUGAAAGUGCCUCCGAAAAUACACAUGAAGCUUCAGCACUAGAGUAUUUUGUUGAUGUUAUCAAGUCUAUUCGUGUGAACACAUAUCCAGUGCCCAUCAGCAUGUUGCAAGAAAACCUUCAUAAGGCUUCUUCAUUCGUGAAGGAGUACUUUGAAGAUGUUUACCCACAGGAGAAGUUUGUCAAGUUUUUCUUGAAGUAUGAUGAUUUUUUUUAUGUGCUUCAGUCAAUCAAUGUUGUCUGGCUGACAAAAAUUGAUGGAGGAGAAGUUGCUGAAGUUGGUGAAGUUUGCCCACUUGAUGACAUGCCCAGUUCAUUUAGGUUGGUAGUUGGCGUAGUGGCAGCUGCAUUACUGGUGAAAAGCCCCAAGCCAUUCUCGACAAUCCUUGGGCAUUUGAACAUAGUCAAAGACCAGUACAGCCAAGAGCUUAACAAACAGCCAGGAAAGAGCAAGACUGAAAAGCUUUGCUCUCUAGUUAGCAAUUGUUUUGACAUGUUUAAGAUUGUGAAGGACAAUACCAUUUUGUCAUGGCCUCUCAGAUAUGCCAGCUCUCUGCUAUCUGCCCUGGAAGAUGCAUUGGCUGAAGUUUGUGUGAAGCUUGCCGCUGAGGACAUUGUUGAAGUCUCAGUCUUCCAUGCAACAUUACGGCGUAACACCGAAAGACUGUUCCAGUGCCUCGUUCCUGACAUCAAAGCAAUGCUGGAGUUCCUGCACCGCAGAGAGGAAUUCUUUGUUGUAAGUAAGGAGCACUUUAUUGUUGUUCCCAAGUCAGCAGUGCCUGAUGAUGUAGAAGAAAUUGCACAAAUGUUGGAGAAAGAGUUGUUGAAGUGUGCCCAUGGCAAAGCACCACUUUUGUCUGUCCUCGAAAACUUGAAUGAUGAAGGAUUUAAUAAUCAUUUCAGCAGCAGCACUGUUUUGAAGGUAGUGCUCACAUGCAAGGACAGGUUUGAAAUUUGUGAUGAUUUGUUGCAGCUCAAUGAAGAGCAGAAACACAGCCCUGGGAAACCUGAUUCUGGUGACAAUGUGGACGUGGGUUCAAGUACAAAACCAGAGGAGACAAAGUGCACGCCAGUCAAUGGCAUGGGCUGGAUUAUUAGCCUAGAUGGAGAGAGUGGACUACUUGCAGCUACUUUUGGUAGCUCUGAUGACUAUGCUGAAGUUGUUUUCAAGAAAGAUGCCCUCAGUGCCACGUCGACUAAUUACAACGAACUCAUAGUUGGCCAAGAGGUGGAAUUCAUUGCUGUCAAGGACAACAAUGAAUCAGAGUGGGUCAUUGUGGAACUGCAAAGUGCUAGCAGCACACCUUGUGGUGAAGAUGAAGAGGAAGGUAGUGAGCUGGUAAAGCAAGCUCACACUUGCAAUGAUGUGAAGCAUCAAUCAGAAAUGUCUGAGGCUGCAAGUGAUGACAACACAUCCACUAAUGGUGACGACUGUAUAUUUUACUCCAGCGCCUCAGACUCUGAACCAGUGCAGUCAGCAGCUCCACCAUCAACUGACCAUGAUACAGAAAAUGUUCACUCGCCAAACUCCAAAAAUUUGACUAUUGAGGAAGUAGUACAGAAAGGUGAUGUGGUUGCACAGGAAAGCACUCACGACGACAGUACUGACGUUACACUUGUUGAUGACGGUUAUGAUGACUGCGACUGGGAUACACCAUAUGAUCGAAGAAUUAUGAACGUGCCCCCCUUUCCAACGAUGGAUAUGCUUGAGCCUCGGGAAAAAGCAAUCAAGAGUGUUGCCUCUGAAGGGCAGAGUUUGCAAAGUGCACUUGGGCUGGGUGGACUUUCAUCGAUGACACAUUUUGCACCAAAGAAUGUGCUGGAUGCAAUCUUGCCUAUAAAUAAUAAUCACGUGAAGUGUGCGACGUUACCAGUGAUUUCUCCACCUACGGCUGUUCAGGGUAAUGCUACAAGUUGUGAAUCACCAAAGGAGAGCCUUACUGCCUGGACUGGAGCUGGAAUUUGGGACAUUGAACCACUUCCAGCACCUUCCACAGGGCAACUGCAAGAGUCUCAGCCUCCACUUGCCAAUCAAGGCGUAGGCACUGAAAACAAAACAGGAAAAGAUUUCAAGAGGGAGGUGGUUAAAGAAAUGAAUGUGGUGCAUGCCACAUCUACGUCACCAUCUGUAUCAUCGAUAGCCUCAGGCCUUCUCAGCAGCCUAAUGUCAGACUCCAGUAGGCAUGGACUCCCACAAAGUGGCAGUAGAUUAUAUCGCAAAAGACAUGCAGUGGAAGCAGCCUCCAGUGAUGAAAGCAGCAGUAGCAGUAGCCGAGUUGCUCCAUGUGAUAUUGAUCCAGAUCUAUCAGCGGAUGAUGAGUCUGAGCAAGACACUGACGAAGAAAUCUCUGCCUUACUGAGAAAGCAGAACCCAAAGUCUAACAGUGACCACCGUGCAGCCGGUGAUAAUGUGCUCGUGCCACAUAGUGAGACGCAUCUGGAUGGAUGUUCUAUCAGUGGCACUUCAAGCAGGGACAGUCAGUGGUACCUUGAUGAAGUCCUUCCUUUCGCCUGUGCCAUCUGUGACAGGCCUGAGGUGGUGUACUCAAUACCUGCCACUGUUGUUCUCAUCACGCCUACAGUUGCAGUACUCAAAUCCAUUGUCCGAGGUGUUCCCGUCAGGCUUAUUGCAAACCCUGAUUCUAUCGCUAGUCAUAACUGGUCAGAGCUUCACGUUGGGAAAGAGGUUGCAGCACGUGCUUUGGGCAACAUUGAAGAUUCAACACUCCUUCUGGUUGUCAAGCUGCAGCCAAUAUGGCGUAGAGCAGCUCAGCAGGCAGCAUUUCCGGAUGCUGCAACACAGACAAUUUCUACGGGACCUGUGCUGUCUGCUUCAUUUUUAGUGGAGUGAGCAGCACACUGUGUGCGCAUGGGUGUGCGUUGUGCAAGAUAUAUUUAAUACUCUUCAUCAGGAUGUGCCUCCUCAAGUCUGCUUUGUUGCCGGUGACGUGACUUUGCAGUGUGCAUGUUCAACAUUUUCAGUCGUGUUUUUAUUCUGUCUUGGGCACAAAAUGAAGUGCAAGAAUCAAGGGUAAUAGAAAUCUGUCUAUUGUGGUUUUGUAUAUUGUCUGAGUGACUGUAGUUUUAAAUAAAUGCACCAGC